GCUGGUGAAAGAGGGAAGAGCUAUGAAAAAGCGAGGGAGAAGGUGAAAUCUCAGCAGCACAGAGAAGAGGCCAAACAAGCAGGAGCGGAAGGAUGAUCGGAGGUGAAAGCGCUGAUCAGUGAGGUCUCCAGAGAGGGAGAGGAGAAGAAAGAGAUGAGCAGCAAGAGGGGGGUAAGCAGCCAGCACACACAACAUCCAUCAGCUCAGGCAGCCAUGCUCUGAGCCCUGGAGCAGCAGGGCUACGCAGACACUGCACAGGCCCCACAUCAGGCCUAUAGCUCAGCCCUCCAUCCCGGCCAGCAACACCGGGGCAGGGACAAGACAAGAUUCCCUUCACAACACCUGUGCAUAAAAGCCAUGAGGACAGCCAGGAAGGGCAGUGUAGAGAUGCCUGCGUUUGUGCGCCAGCUGGUGAAAGAAACAGAAAAGAGGGUCAGCUCUUUCUUCAAAGGGGGCCGUGGAGGAACAGCAGAAGGAGAGCAGCAAGGGGAGGGGGAGAAGGAGGAGGUCAUCCCCAGCCCCUACCUAGACCGGCCAGUCCUGGACAAGCUCACAGAGGAGGGCUGCGCCCGCUGGGGCCUCACCUAUGCCCUAGGAAGUAUGCAGGGCUGGAGGGCCAACAUGGAGGACUUCCACAACUGUGUGCCACAGCUGGGUGGAGAGCUAGCUGACUGGAGCUUCUUUGCAGUGUUCGAUGGCCAUGCAGGCAGCACGGUGGCUCAGUACUGCUCCCAACACCUUCUGGGUCACAUCCUGGCUACGGAUGGAAUAGGACCAGAAGAUGACCCGCCAAAAGUGAAAGGGGCCAUCGAAGAGGGCUUCCUCCAGACAGACAAGCACCUGCACUCUGUGGCCCGUCGAGAGGGCUGGGAGAGGGGCGGCACCACUGUGGUGGCCACUCUCAUUUCGCCAUAUUACAUCUACUUUGCCAACUGCGGUGACUCAAGGGCCAUGCUGUGCCGGUCUGGGCAGGUCUGCUUCUCCACUGAGGACCACAAACCUUACAGCCCUCUGGAGAAAGAACGUAUUGAGAGCGCGGGUGGCUCCGUGUCCCUCCAACGGAUCAACGGCUCCUUGGCAGUGUCACGCGCUCUGGGAGACUUCGGCUACAAGGGGGCAGAGAACCGGACCCCGAGCCAGCAGAUGGUUUCACCUGAGCCAGAAGUGUGUGUGGUGGAGCGCUCGCCGGCAGAUGAAUUCCUGGUGCUCGCCUGUGAUGGCGUGUGGGACACCAUCAGCAACGAGGAGCUGUGCGCCUUCAUCCACAACCGGCUGCGUGUCUGCACCGACCUGAGGGACGUCUGCACUCAGGUCAUUGACCUCUGCCUCUAUAAGGGCAGCUUGGACAACAUCAGCAUCAUCUUGCUGUGCUUCCCUGGAGCCCCCCAGCUGUCAACAGAGGCAUUACACCAGGAGGCUGAGCUGGAGGACCUGCUAGAGUCCAAGGUGGCAGAGAUUUAUGAUGAGCUGUGUGUCAGAGGGGAAGAGCCUGAGCUGCUGUCCGUCCUCACAGUUCUUGCAUCCACUGUCAUCCCUGGAUUACCACCAGGUGGAGGCAUACAGAGCAAGAGGAACUGCAUUAUCUCUGCUUACUAUCAACAACGUGAUGCGCACAAGCCCAUGAUACCAAAUGUGAGUGACAGUUACAAUUAGGUCCAUACGUUUUUGGACAAUGAGACUUUUUUUUUUAUAGUUUUUCCUCUCUGCACCAACGCAGUGGAUUUUAAAUCAAACAGUAGAGAUAUGAUUGUAAUGUUUCUUCAGCUUUAAUUAAAGAGGCUUUACAACAGGAUUUACAAUAAUGUGCAAACCACUGGUUACAGUCAAAAACAAGAAUGCAGGAUUAGACUUUGCCCAAAAAACACGGUUCUGUAAAAAAAAGAAAUGUGUUAUGGCAUGGGCCUGUAAGGCUGCCAGUGGAACUGGGUUAUUAGUGUUUAUUGAUGAUGUGACUGCUGAUAGAAGCAGCGGGAUGAACUGUGAGAGUACAAAGCUGUACUCUCAGCUCAGGUUCAGCCAAAUGCUGCAAAUCUGAUCAGGCAGCACUUCACAGUGCAAAAAGAUAAGGACCUAAAGAAUUGUGCAAAGGCAACCCAAGAGUUUCCUAAAGCACAGAAAAGGAAUAUUUUUCAAUGGCCAAUUCAGUCAACUGAUCUCACUGGGACAGAGCAUGCUUUUACUAAAGUGACUGAAGACAAUAGUGAUGGCAGAAAGACCCACAGUCAAGCUGCAAGUGAAGGCAACUGCAGUAAAGGUUUGGAAGAGCAUCUCAAGGGAGGAAAGAGCAUUUAUUGGUGUCAGGGGCCUCUCUGUCUACAACCAAGCAAAGGAUUUUUACCUGAGUCAUAAAAACAAUCCUCAUAUGCACAUUUAUGGUAAAACCAUGUCUGCACAGUCAAUGCAAACUUUUUUGAUAAACCCCUUGAAUUAAAGCUGAAAGGCUGCACUUUAAUUAUAUCUUGAUUGGUUGAUGUAAAUAUCCACUGUCAUGAUGUAGAAAGGCAAAAAAACAACUAAUGGACCUAACAAUACAAGUAAAAAGACAUUGUUAUUACACAGUGAGCUCACUCUUUGUUACUUUAUCUGUCUGUCUGUUCAGGGUCUGGGAGGCUCUUGAGAAGGCCAAGGGAUUUAGAUUUUGUCUCCAAAGUUCCUCAAAGGAAAGGGACUGUAAUAAAUGUGAAUAUUAAACCUGUUUUUUUUUUUCAUGUGUGCAGUUUCACAACAAGACAAUGGUGUUUGUUAGCAGCACCAUCUUGUCAUGACAAAAAAAAUGCAAAAACAGAUCUAGUAAAGCCUGAUACUUUAUAUUUAUACAAGAAAGAUAUUUUGUAAAAAUGACUCAGAGACACUGACCCAGCAACCAAACCUCAACCUCAAUAAACAGAAAGUGCAGAUGACAAAUUGAACUGAAUAACAACCAACUGUGGCGUAGUUCGUUUUCAUUGGAUAAAAUAAGAAAGAUUAGUACAUGCAGGGUUGCAUUUUGAAAAUUAUGAUUUAAGACUGUACAUAUGUGUGUGUGCAUGUGUGUGUGCGUAUUAAAGAAUGAACAGGUUUACCUUUCCUCUUCAGGAAACAUUGUCACCAUUAAAUAAAACCUAGCAUGCAGCUAACAUGUGUCCAUUUGUUGUGACAGGAAAUGCUAGUAGUUCAUGAGACAGCUCGUGGGGAUGCGCACAAUCUUUUUCCCUCGUUGCUGUGAGUGAAAGGCAAAUAAACUCAUUAGACAUCUGACUACUCACAAUUCAUGUCACGGGAUCUAAAAACGUUUUUGACAAAGUGUUUUACAUUUUCAAAAACAAGAACAAAAUAUGUCAAAUUUGAAAUACCUUACAAAUGGAACUAAAAGUCUCCCCCCUAAAAUGCAUCCCGCUGUGAUUACUGUCUAAAUUUACAUGAAUGCGUUCAGCAUGUACACAAUUUGCAAUUCUUUCUAAACAUAUAUUAUUUCUAAACACAUUCAAAGGUAAAGUUUACAUGAAAUGGGAUUUUCUACCAUGAACUGAUGCCUUAUUCCCCUUUUUUACAGCUGACAAAACAAACAGCACCAGAGCGGGUCAGUUUCUGGAUGAGUUAUUUUACUGCUUACUGCAUUGUAACAUUACGUCAGCGAGUCAUUUUCUGUGUUACAUUAAGGAAAUUACAUUGAGUGUCACUAUUGUUUUAAAUCUAAAUAAAGAAUAUUUGUCUGAUGA